AUGGUGAUCAGCACCCAGGGAAACGUCUCAGGUUCCGUUCCGAAUACGCUCAGAGCGAAACCUGAGCAAACGCUUCAGGCGUCGAGGCCUGCCACCAGGGCCGUCUCUGCAGCGCUUGACUUCUGCGCUGGAGUUGCAGCAGCCGUUUCAGGUAUAUCUGUUCCCGGGGGAUAUUUUCCCCCUUUCAUGUCAUUCAGCAACCGCUUAAGUCCAAAAGCUGGCACAGAUACUCUUUCGGUGAGCAAUCAGGAGUCAACCAGGGAAGACGCGGACGCUGUGCUUUCGACGGCAGCCGCUUCGCUGGCAACGGACCUCGAGUACGGCUCCGCGACAGAGAGGCACCACGAGAACAUCGAUCCUAUUCGCCCAGUGACGCGAGACUCUGGCGCAUUCGUCGAGAACUAUCCAAGUGGAACACGGGAGGUGGCAAUCGCUUUCGAAGGAGUGACGUUGUCUGCGAGCACCCAGGCGGCGGGGACGACUCGACCCAUACUUCGGAAUAUCUGUUUCGAAGUACGCGACGGAGAGACGGUGUUUAUCAUCGGCCCGUCAGGAGCUGGCAAGUCUCGACUUCUUCGACUGGUGAACCGCUUAGAGGAGCCUUCAGGUGGUCAAGUCCGGCUGUGGGGCACACCAGUGCCAGCGUACCCUCCAGGCGAGUUACGGGGCAAACUAGUAGGUUUUCUGAGCCAGCAACCUGCAUUGCCGUGUUUGGCACAUAGGAGGCCUGGUUUGCUGGAGGCACUCCGCCGACUUGUAACGCGAGAAACGCUUUGGGAGCUGGUCCUCGGCAAACGCCGACAACGCUCGAGCGCGAACACGGAGGAACCAGCAAAGUCGGCGCUCGAGACGCUCGUUCGUUUGGGAGUUGUAUCGCGGACAGAGCUUGAACAGCGACUACCGGAAGCACUGCAUAUAGCUGGCUUAUCGCGAACGAUUCUGGAUCGACCGCUAGCCGCCUUGUCAGGGGGUGAGCGAGCUCGCCUCGGCCUCACGCGAGUGCUUUUGCAGCAACCACGAAUCCUACUGCUGGACGAGGUCACUUCAAGUCUGGACGCAGCAACAGCGGCUCAAGUAUUGCAACGUUUAUCGGACUGGAAAGAACGCAUCCGGGCCACAAUACUCAUAGUGACGCACAGACUCUCGGAGGUUACCGACGGCCAGCUCAUUCUUGUGCGGGACGGGGAGCUGUUCUUACGCGGUGACGCGCGUGCGCUGCUCGGUACCGCCGAUACAGCGGCCAGCAUUCAUCGGCUUUUGACUGGGGAGUCAUUGGGAGCAACAAAAUAG